AUGACUACCGAUGGCAAUGAAGAAAAGGCCUCGAACAAAGGAAACAGCCUACACGAAAGGACUCGUGAAAGUAUUCGAACAUUUGUACGCGCCCUAGAAAUUUCAUUAAUACUGUUACAAGACUCGACUAUCAUGAAUAUGUGCAUUAUAAAGUUUGGAAAUGUGUAAGAUACUUGAUAAAGGUAUAUUACAUUCCACAGGAAGUCUUUUUAUUUUUAAACAGAUAAUUAUUAUUUAUUAAUUUCAUAUUCACAUUUCUCAGUUCAUUAUACAUUACACAACAUUUUCCAUACAACAACUGUCCCAAUAAAAAUUUUCUGCAGUUCAAAUACUUUCACGAGCUAAUAUAUAUGUUUUAAUAAUAUAUAACAAGUUUCAAUAUUUAGUGCGACUUUAAUAUAUUCAAGAAAGUUGUUCAUGUUGUAUACUAAAUGUACACACACAUAUAUAUAUUAGUACUUUCUGAUUCAUUUCAGGAUUUACCAACAUAAUCAUGACACUCAUGUCUUCCUGCAAUGCCAAUUGAAUUUCAAAAUAAUUCAUACAUAUAACGUGCACAACUUUUUUUUAGUAAAACUAUGAUAUUGACAUGUACGUUAUUUAUUUCCAUCUCUGCAAAAAAAUUGCCAGCACCAUGAACAUUUCUCAGUUGAUUAUACAUUACACAACAUUUUCCAUACAACAACUGUCCCAAUAAAAAUUUUCUGCAGUUGAAAUACUUUCACGAGCGUGAAAUAAACCUUCGAACGUUCUCGAGCGGAUCGUAUCCCGUGAAACGUGGAUCAUCGAGAAAACUAAUAAGUAAUCAAUUUCACUGCGUGCACGAGAGGGGAAACAAGCUGGCUUGGCAAAGCAAAGUGGACGUGGCCAGGGGAAGAAAUGACGAUGCCGCUCCUUUCUCGGCAGUAUAAACGAACGAGACGAAGGAAUCAGCGGCGGAGAGAAGACGAGGAGCGCGAACGGUCCGGUUUUUGCUAGCAGGGUGCAAGGACAGACGGAUUGCUCAGAGGACUGAAAGUCACGGGGAACGUGAUCAGCGUCACCGAAACGCUCGUAACCGAGAAUUGCAACAGCCGGCACCGAAACACCCAUCUAUAUACGCGUUGCGUUCUUGCGAAGCUUGUUUCAACUGCUUUUACCAUCCAAACGAUCUCGCCACAAUAGCACAAUGUAGAAACGGGGACAAGAUAAGAAUCGCUACGGUGUCGCUUGAUUUACUCCACCUGUGGACCUGUGGACUCGGUGGAAAAGCACUGCUUUGGUUCGAGAAUCAAACUGGCCUAGCUGGACAAAAACAAGCUAACCACGUCGCGAAGAAAGAAAAAAAAAAUUAUUGGAACUUUUUACAGGACGACGGCGGUAUCGAGUACUUCAACACUAUCGUGGUGCAGCCACACCUGAAGCUGAUCACGAACCAGGGCAGAGGUUUUCACGUGAGAUGCCGAUAUCAAACGCGAGACAAGGUAGUAACGAACGAUCAAACCCACGUGGCGAUGCUGCAGUCCCUGCCACUUCAGGCAACAGCUCCUAUGCCAGGAUGCACGAUGAAGAUCUUCAGCGGAGAUCCAACGAGGCAUCAAGUGGCGGAAAACGUAAAGAUCGGAGACCCUCUGACCUUGGUCAUUAGCAUCGACAAACAGGAAAUGUUCGGGCUCAAGAUCUCCGACUGUCUGGUCCGCGACGGCCUGGGAUGGGGAGAGCAGAGGCUUAUUAACGACGAGGGUUGUCCAGUAGAUGGUGAAAUUAUGGGACAAUUCACGUACAACGAGGAUAAAACGGAGGCAAAGGUGAACUUCCAGGCGCAUAAAUUCCCCUAUACAGCCAGUGUCUACUAUCAGUGCAACGUCAGAUUAUGUGUAAAACACGGUGGAGGAUGCGGCAAUACGCCACCAGCGUGUAAUUCGGUAUCCAGACGGCGCAGGGACACUGCCAAUGACAAUACAGUGAAAGGUGUCGAAGGCCUGGACGGAGGUACGCCAGCAACCAUCGAGGUUUACAGCGGGCUAUACGUGAACGAAGCCUCGGACAUUGGUUCCAAGUCGGACUACUCCGAAGAUGUCUUCAGAGAAAGGACUAUCGACGAUCCCAAUGACAUCUGUAUAUCGCAGAGGAGCUUCGCCAUCGGCAUCGCGAUCGCGGGUCUGAUCCUCAUGCUGAUGGUGGUCGCGGCUAUUUUAGCAUUGCUGGCCAAGAGACGACAUAAGACUGUCUCGACGACGGGUUCAUCGAUCUACAGCGGACCUUACACGAACACAGCGUAUAGUCACAGCAGUUAA